AACUAGGGACCACCGUACACCUUCCUGUUGUGUCGUGUCACCUGUGUUUCAGUUUCACUGUUUUGGUAAAAACAAGCCCUAAUCACAAAACCGAACCAAAAACCCAAUCUCAGUGACAAAGCACCAUGAGAGCCUUAUUCAGAACCUCAAAAUCACUCGCAACCAAUUUCUUGUUCAACGGAACAAAACCUGAAUUCGCACCAUGUAGAAAUCGAGCCUACAGUUUGAUCCCAAUGGUCAUUGAAACCUCUUCCAGAGGUGAAAGAGCCUACGAUAUCUUCUCUCGUCUUCUCAAGGAACGCAUCAUUUGUAUCAAUGGACCCAUCUCUGAUGACACCUCUCAUGUCGUUGUUGCUCAGCUUUUGUUUCUUGAAUCUGAAAACCCUUCCAAGCCUAUCAACAUGUACCUCAAUUCCCCUGGUGGUGCUGUUACUGCAGGGCUUGCAAUUUAUGAUACUAUGCAGUACAUUCGGUCUCCGAUCAACACAAUGUGUUUGGGGCAGGCUGCGUCCAUGGCUUCUCUCCUGUUGAGUGCGGGUGCCAAGGGUCAGAGGCGUUCUCUUCCGAAUGCUACAAUCAUGAUUCACCAGCCUUCUGGUGGAUACAGUGGCCAGGCAAAGGAUAUGCAAAUUCAUUCCGAUCAUAUUAAAAAAAUCUCGGAAGAGCUGAAUAAGUUGUACGCCAAGCACACGGGCCAACCGAUUGAUGAUAUUGAGAAGAAGAUGGAUAGAGAUCAUUUUAUGUCCGCUAAAGAGGCAAUGGAGUAUGGGAUUAUUGAUGAGGUUAUUGAUCAGAGACCUAUGACUUUGGUCUCUGAUGCUGUUGGCGAUGAAGGCAAAGAUAAAGGUUCAAAUUAGAAUCGGAGGGUAAGGUUUCUUUUAGUUGCAGUUGGUAUAAUUUUAUCAAUUGGACAUAAUCUUUGUAAGUUUCAGUUAUUAGAUUUUACAAUUAAGCUUCAGUCUUUCUUCUCAAUUCGGUUUAAUUGGCAUAUUUUUAUCAUACAGAUUUUGAGCUUUAAGUACCCUUAUCUUGAAGUUUCUAAUUAUUCACAAUAAUAUAAGAUGAAUUUUUCA